UGGAGUAAAUGAGUUCAUUUGCGUAUCAUCUGACUCUAUAACUUCUACUAAUUACUAUGCAUUAAGUUACUUUGAGACUAGCCACAAAAGUUUCACACUUUUUGCGUGGCGCUGUACAUACAUACAUGUACAGAGUACAUGUACUUCGUACAUUAGCGUGGGAUUGGCGCUAGCGCGGGUGGCCCUGAUCCACCGCAUCCCACCCGCAACCCCCAACUUCACCACAAAACCUUACUUUCGGAUACCCCCCCGGGCGCGCCCCCCGUCAGCAGGUGGAUGGCGCGGGCAGCUUGUCCACAGUUGCGUGGAGUCGCGGGAUACGGCUGCCCAUAAAAAUCAUCAUAAAUGAAAUGGCCCAAGGCAAAAAUAUAGCAGUCGAGACAAGGGAAGAACAACUCAUCUUCUCUUUGCUUUUCAUAUUUUCCUCGUCUAACCGUUCUCUGUCGGCUCUGGCUUUUGCUUUGUCGCAUCCUAAAUUUUUUUCUAGCAGAAAAUCUUGCUCCCUGCAAAAUAAAAUACCAGGGCAGCGCAUAUCCUUGAUCAGCUUUUUUUUUCGUAUUUGCGAUCAACAACGUAGAACAUUCUCUCACUUGUUAAGGCUACCGGUCCGAUUUCACCUCUCCAUUCUCCGUACAAACCACAUGUGAUAUCCUCUCACUUACCUCUUCAACACCUCUCUCCUCUUUUCUACUUCUCAGAAUCGUCGCCUCGCCCUUAUCGCGUCAACCCCCACUCACCUUCCAUCCUUCUAAUACCCACCCUUUAAAAGCCCACCAAGUCAUCCAACACAUCCACCAUCCAAAGACUUCUCGUAGCAUCGGUUUUCCUGCGUAAACAUGCAUUUGAACGUUUAACGACAUGCGCGUAUUCUGAGUCUAAUGUUCAGCCCUAAUACUCCAUCUCCUUCCUCAGACUCAACCUCUCACAGACAGCCCCAUAGGAACAGCUUCAGUCUGCCGGCCCCUCCCGCAAAGUUGGCUCUUCCAACAGGCGAAUGCAGAUUUAUAUUGCUCCACCCAUCUAUUCCCGGCCAGCGCUGCUCGUGUCAGGGAUUUCGUCGCAACGAAUCCCGUCUAGGCGCUAGUUGUGAAUGUGGCCAUCAGGCAUGUUACCAUCAAUCAGGUAACAUGGUGAACAGUUCCCAAGUGAGUGAGCCUGUCUCGCCGUUGGCGCUGGCGGCUCUUCUGGAAAGAGUCUCCCGGCUAGAGGAGCAGCACCGGCAGGAUCGAAAGCUAUGGGAAGAGGAGUUGAGAGAGGAGCGGCGGGCACGUCGUGAAGACGCUCGGGUUCUGAGGGAGGCUAUGCAUUCGUUCUAUAAAUUUAUGGAGCGGGAGGUCCCGCAAAAGUUUGCUGCGGUGGAUGAUAAGACUGAUAGUCUGUUGGAUCAUGUGUCUAGGUUGGAGGAGAGAAUCGGCAUAAUUGAUGAUUCGACCAUGGGGUUGGAAAACCGGGUUGCUGAUCUUGAGGGUGAUGAUGGUGAUGGUGAUGGCGACGGCGAUGGACAUGGACAUGGAAAUCAUGAGGAUGGAGUUCAAAGCGAGGGCAUAAAUGAGGAAACGUCCGUAGAGGAGGACGAAGGGAAUCCUAAACGAGCCAGGCGAAAAUGGCAGACGACGGAUAGGCCUGGCGCGGAGCAAAGAGUGCUUUCUGUCAAACUAAGCAAAGACUCCCGUGGCUGGUCAGAAGGCGACUGUCAAUGUCAUACUUCAAUGGCACCGCCCAAACCCCCUGGUGCUUCACAGUGUCAUUCUGCGGCUUGCAUCUCAAAAUCACCUAAAACAUCUCCUUACAAUCCCGCCACAGACCCCUCCUUCCCCCUAGAGCUUAUCGAUGCCCACGCCCCUAAUACCGGGGCUCACACAUAUGUCCACAGACUCACAUCCCCACCUCGCAACUUGGUCACCCCUCUCCUCUCAAAUCAAGAAAUGGCAUCAUAUAAAACCACCCGACACGCGACAAAUAUCCACUCCACAGAUGUUCCACUCAUAAACCCCCCUCGCCCACGCUCUGCCUCCGCCAGGCAAGACCUAGGCCAGAAAGAUUCAGCGAACCAGCAGCAAGUUUCCAGAGCAUACCCUUCGCCCGAGGAGAAGGGAAUUGGACCGUACUAUGAGCUGUCCAAUCCGCCGUCUGGGAAACGAAAGCUUGAUGCGGAGGGAAACGAGACCCGGCAACGGCCAAUGUUCCUCCCAAUGCCACCGCCACUAUCACUAUCUGGGCCUAAUGGCGAAGUUUGAAUCAUGUUUCCCAGAGACUAGGGCCGGUCAUUCAUAAGAAUCUGGAGAACAGCAUGAAGACCAUGAGUGGUUGUUUUAUUGAUUAACCCCCUUUUCGCACGCCCAUGACUCUUAAGCAGAGAAAAGGGAAUGCUGCAAUUAAUGAACGUCUUGAUGAAUGGCGAUGAUAAUUCUGGCAAUCUCAACGCAAACACUCCCAUAAAAUUAUACACAUGCUUCUCUUGCGUUGUGCAAAAACAUUGGAAUUCGAGCUGUGACUGCGGGACAAACGUUGGGAUGUGCGAACGACCACAGCUAACCACGUGCCUCCACCCCACCCUUCCAAACUCCAGCAAAUUCUUAAUUCUUCUCCUUGCCCUCUACAACUACUUUCCCCCUAUCUUCCAGCCAUGUCUCCACUCCCUUUCCGCGUCACGAUUUAUGCACCCAUAUAUAUAUCUCCGUUUGUUUUCUCGCAGCUUUCUAAAAAAGGCCCCGCCACCAAAAUUUACCCUCGCUAGAAUUCAGGGGGGGCAUCGGUGCUGUUGUUGUUGCAUAUGAUUUUUAAGGAUCAGAUAGACAGGCGUUACUUCAUCCCUUAACCCCUUAUUUUUUAUAUCAGCGUAGUGCCCGUCUUUCAUCUUGUUCUUUCAACCGAGCUCUUUAUUUUUUAUUUUUAUUUUUAUUUUUUAUCUCAUUCCGCCCUCCCUAAUACCCAUUGCUAUCUGGGCGACAUUCCCAUCCGUAACGAGUGCCGCAGAGUUAAGAUAAAUAGACUUUCUUUUUGGGCAUGCUUAUGGAACACAUAUAAUAUAAUAUAUACCACAAAUGAGACAUGUGUGAUAUACUCUUGUUUGUUUUGCGUGUGGUGAUGGACGUACGAAAAAGUAGUCAGGCAAUAUUCUAGUGAAGAAUAUGAGUACACUCUGUAUUUUGACUAUCUAUGCUAUCGAAUUUCUAGUGUUACAAGAUCAAGUGUUAAUGAGGUAUAACGUUCAGUAAAUAUGCCUGUUAGCUGUCAUCAUUGGGCUCAUUGUGGCCCCUGAGCCGUGAAAAGGGGCACUUAAUGAAAGGCGCAUUCGGUAAGGGAUAGGAAUGAGGGCGCAAGUCAUGAGAUGGAUAUAUAAAUGCUUCAAAGAGACUCUCCAAAGUGUCCGAAAUAAAUUAACGCCGCCACCAUAUAUAAUACAGAAA